AUGGGCCUAACCACCCCCGCCAUCAUCGUGAUCGUCAUCGUCGCCUGUCUAGCCGCCGUCUCGUUAGGCGCCGCGCUCACCCGCCAACUGUACCCCGCCGAGUCCUACGAGCGCCGGUUCCAGCCCUCGCAUGCCCAGGAGAUGUAUAUGCGGUCGGUGCGGAUGAGGAAUCUGGGGAUUUUUCGUCGCGAGAGUCUUUUUUCCUCUGCAUCUGUGGGGAUGGGCAAGGAUUUGGAGAGUCGAUCGAAUGAUAAGGGAGUCCAAUUCGCCCCGCCAGUUCCGCCUUCUUGGCACCCAGAGAAAUCCUCUUGGCAACGCCCCCUGAUUGGCCCCCAGACGCACGUGUUUCGCGUCUGGGCGCUGACUGUGGGGAAUCGCCUCGUGGGGGGUUUGUCAGAUACGACGCAGGCCAUUUAUGACGGUGCCAAGCGGUUCGCCCAUGCCUGUGCCAAUGCCCGAUUCUCGGCGCCAAGGGGCACCAGAGUGACGAGUUUUCGCUGUGGUGGGGUUCCUGCUCUCCCUGGGGGUUUAUAA